GAGAGAGACAAGAUUGCUUUUGAUUAUCAUGUGCACUACAACUCGCGAGAGUCAAUGAAGACAACUACAAGUGCGAGUUGUUUGACAUGAGCAGCUAGAGAGACUUAGCAUGCGCUUCGUUCCUUCCCGAUGAGCGGAAAAUCAAGUAAAACAACUAACACUACUAUUUUAAGAACAACAAGAUGUUACUAUCUAAUCCGAAGAACUAAAAAUGUUUUCGUCGACGAGGCCAACGGCUGCCUCGGCUAGGGAUCCUAGUGCGCCUAGGAAAUUGCCGCAAUGCAGACCGCAGGUCUACGUGAAUGGGGAGGUGGAGUGUGCGGGUAUAUGUGCGACUGGUAUGACACAACUCUACUGCAGCUUUCGAUUCAGGUGCUAUUAAGGCUAACAUAUUUUUUUGUUUAAAGAAAUAGAAAGAUCUUGGUCUUCAUCGGUUCAAAACAUUAUUAUUAUUGUUAACAAAGUUACCCCCAAUAGAGCAAACUGAUAUUUAUUGGGGUAGUGCUGGGGAGUAUUCCGCGAUGCAUAUGCAUAUGCAUUCAAGUGUUUAUUAAGAUCGCCCGCUAAGUAGGUGCUAAAAUAUUCGUAUUCCAGUCGGGAUCCACCGUAUUCUCGUCAGCUUGCGCUAGAGUUCUUCUUUUCCGCCCUCUGGAACACGCGCGCGCGUGACGGCAUGGCCCCUACCCGGCCUUGAGUUCCCCUGGUGACUCAACACGGGCCCACUGAAGCGCCGCAAAAGCAAAUGUAUAAGACCCCUUCGUCGCACUGGGCUGCUUGCUUUGCCGCAUCUUCGUAUGUAAGACCCAGCGUGUUUCUAGUCUCCUUACAUACAUACAUACAUACAUAUUGAGUAACUACAAUGUUCUACUCGCUACACGUGAUACAUUCAUCAAGUGUUUAAGGUCAACCACUAAAAAGGGGCUGAACCUUUUGCUUUCUGACCCUCAAGUUGAUCAGAUGAAGGAACACACAGCCAGGUAGUGACGAUAGCUUCUGAACUUUCAGGUACAUCCGUGCGAACUGGUGGCUACUUGCUGGCGACGAGAGAGGUGAAACGUUCAUCAGCGACGGGCAUAACGGCAUGUGCGUGUGGAAUCAUCCGUUCGACGCGCAUUUUGCGUACUAUCGUCUUCUCUACUUAUAGUUGAGCGAUUAUAGGAGCAGCUACCGCUACGGCCAUCUUUUUUUGUCUAAAAAAUACUCCCAAAAUCAACAUAGCUUCCAUAUCCACGAUCAGGGCGCUUUCCCUAGAAGGAUGGCCCAGAUUGGAGGUUAUAGUCCGUGGCAAGGACGGCGACGGCCGCAACCAAGUAGCAGGAUACGGACAAGUUCUGGUUCCAUUAUGAGCGGUUCAGUAAAGCUUCUACUUGGGGCAAUAGAGGUACUUAAGGUCUAUAACCUAUACCUAUAAUUUUUUUUGGGAUUAAUUUGCUCCUCUAAUUGUUUUUGUUGGGAUACUAGAACUGCUACAAAAUUUUUUCAUAGGAAACAAAAAACAACAAAUGCCCUCUCGUCUCUUCUUGUCACUCACGUGACAUCUAAGCCGUCGCGGAUAAAGGCUAGAGUUCUGGCUCUAUUGACAUACCUUUUGUUUGAGAGAAUUCAAAGAUCUUGGUCUUCUUCGGUUUCAAUCAUUAUUCUUAGUCUCCAAUGACACUCAUCAAGCUGAAUCUUCUAACCGGAACGCGACCCGGCGGGCAUGAGCUGAUCGUACAGUGUUGGCGGCCAGUCGAAGACGUCCUCAGGCAGCAGCUUCUAGCAGAAGUACCUGAGUUUGUGGAUGAGCAGCAUGAACAGCUUUAUGUUUCGACUCCGAAUAAGAGCAAAGCGCAGCUACGUGCGGAAGAUAGUGUGGAAGUCCUCAUCCGAUUCAAUGUUACAUUACAAGAUUUUAAGAGCAACAACCUGGUUGUGUCGUGACUUUAGCGAUCUAAUCGUGUCAUGAAGAAUUGUCGCAAUACAACCUGGUUGUGUCGUGACUUUUCAGCGAUCUACUCGUGUCAUGAAUCCUCGCAAUAGAAGUUAUCAUAACGCCAUUCACGGGUAACGGUAAGCUGAUAAUGAAUGUCAUAUCAUCCCUACAGCUCUAGAGUCUAGGCCAUGAUCGUUCAAAUCGAAUUUAUGUUUUCACUUCGAAGCACCAACCUCAGAUUCUGGAUCACUUCUAAGCACCUCUGAAUACUUCUGAUGAUUUUUGGACUGACGCAUAAGGCGCACACAACGCACUUCGUUUUCGCAAAUUGUCAGUAAGGACUUGUGUACGAAGCUUUUUACUGUAACAGUGUUACCUGA